UUCGUCUCUCGAGAUCAAAAUCCACCGAUCGAACCCGUGUUCAUUUUCCGAUCGCUGAUUCCUCCGAUUUCGAUCGAUUAAGCGAAGAUGUCUCUAAGACCUAGCGCAAAGACGGAGGUCCGACGGAAUCGAUACAAAGUGGCGGUCGAUGCGGAGGAGGGACGACGGAGGCGAGAGGAUCACAUGGUUGAGAUCAGGAAGAAUAAGAGGGAGGAGAAUCUGCAGAAGAAGAGACGCGAGGGGAUCUCAGCCGCCGCACAAUCGGGACAGGAUCUUUCUUCAGCGAAGAAAUUAAUAGAUACUCUUCCGGAUAUGGUUGCUGGAAUUUGGUCAGAGGAUAGCAAUUUACAACUUGAGGCAACAAAUCUCUUAAGGAAACUGCUUUCGCUCGAACAAAAUCCUCCUAUCAAUGAUGUUGUACAGUCUGGUGUUGUUCCUCGCGUCGUGAAGUUUCUUUCAAGGGAUGACUUUCCCAAACUUCAGUUUGAGGCAGCUUGGGCUCUCACCAAUAUUGCUUCAGGGACAUCAGAGAACACAAAUGUCAUCAUUGAAAGCGGUGCUGUCCCGAUCUUCAUCCAUCUUCUUAGCUCGGCUAGUGAGGAUGUCCGCGAACAGGCUGUUUGGGCAUUGGGAAAUGUUGCUGGAGACUCGCCAAAAUGCCGCGAUCUUGUCCUAAGUCUUGGUGCCAUGAUGCCUCUUCUGUCUCAAUUCAAUGAACAAACAAAGCUCUCGAUGCUGAGGAAUGCUACAUGGACCUUAUCAAACUUUUGCAGAGGGAAGCCGCAGCCUUCAUUUGAACAGACGAAACCAGCUUUACCAGUUCUUGAGCGCCUUGUGCAAUCAACAGAUGAUGAAGUUCUCACAGAUGCAUGCUGGGCUCUGUCAUACCUCUCGGAUAGCUCAAACGACAAAAUACAAGCGGUUAUCGCAUCAGGCGUUGUCCCUCGUCUCAUUGAGCUCUUAAAUCAUUCGUCACAAACAGUGCUGAUUCCUGCGCUUCGUACCAUUGGAAAUAUUGUAACCGGCGAUGAUGUGCAAACUCAGACGGUUAUCGACUUUCAAGUGCUUCCUAGUCUAUUAAACCUUGUAACAAACACUUACAAGAAGAGUAUCAAGAAGGAAGCUUGCUGGACUAUCUCAAACAUCACAGCUGGGAGUUCAAAUCAGAUACAAGCAGUGAUUGAAGCAGGUCUAAUUCAGCCUCUUGUUUGGCUGCUCCAUAACGCAGAAUUCGAAGUGAAAAAAGAAGCUGCUUGGGGAAUCUCGAAUGCUACUUCUGGUGGCACCAAGGAUCAAAUAAAGUUUCUGGUGGGCCAAGGCUGUAUCAAACCGAUAUGCGAUCUUCUUACCUGCCCAGACCCAAGAAUUGUAUCGGUUUGUUUAGAAGCGCUAGAGAACAUUCUCGUGGUUGGAGAAGCAGAGAAAAACUUGGGUAACACAGGAGAGGAUAACCUCUACGCUUCAAUGAUAGAUGAAGCCGAAGGACUUGAGAAGAUUGAGAAUCUUCAGAGCCACGACAACGACGACAUAUACCAAAAAGCCGUGAAAAUCCUCGAAACCUUUUGGACUGAAGACGAUGAAGAAGAAGUAGGCAACGAUGAAAAUCACGCUCCGCAAUCCGGUUUCCAGUUCGGAAGCACUAACGUUCCUCCUGGUCAAUUCAACUUUAUUUGAAAGGACAUCUCGAACGUUGAUAACGUGAAGUAGAAGAAGAAGAAAUCUUCUCUCGUCUUUCUCUUUAUGCCCGCCCACUCCUCACAACUCGUGGAUAUGAAGAAACAAUUUUACGAGUAGUAUUUUUUUUUCUUUUUUUUCUUUUGAAGUCUUUCUGUGUUGUUGGGAAGAGAAACAAUUACGUUGGAUUUUUUCAAUAACGAAUCUCUUUAUAACGAGUGGAUAUGAAAGUUUUUACAUUAUA